GGAGAGGGGGUAUGCACGCUGUCCCCGGCAGGACUCGAGGCCGGGAAUUGUUCUAGCCCCUGCUGGCCACACAGCAGAGGACUGAGUGGGGGCAGGGGCUGGUGGCAGCCCCCCUCGGGGGGUACGGGCCGACCAGGGCCUGAGGCCUGAGUGCCACUAGGCACCUGGAAGAUGCCCGUGCCCUGGUUCCUGCUAUCCUUGGCUCUGGGCCGAAGCCCUGGGGUCCUGUCUUUGGAGAGACUUGUGGGGCCUCAGGACACCGCCCGCUGCUCUCCGGGCCUCUCCUGUCACCUCUGGGACGGUGACGUGCUGUGCCUGCCUGGGAGCGUGCAGCCUUCCCAGGGCCCUGUCCUGGUGCCCACGCGCCUGCAGACGGAGUUGGUGCUCCGGUGCCGGCAGCAGACUGACUGUGACCUCUGUGUGCGUGUGACCAUCCACCUGGCCGUGCACGGGCAUUGGGGAGAGCUGGCAGAGGAGGGACAGGCUGGAGCAGCGGCUGGCCCUGGGCUUGAGAAGCCUCAGAACGCCCCUCUCCAGGCCCACGUCGUGCUGUCCUUCCAUGCCUACCCCACCACCCGCUGUGUGCUACUGGAAGUGCAGGUGCCAGCCGCCCUGGCGCAGCCUGGUCCCUCUGUGGGCUCCCUAGUGUUCGAUUGCUUUAAGGCCGCCCUGGGGGCUGAGGUGCGAAUCUGGUCCUACACGCAGCCCAGGUACCAGAAGGAGCUCAACCUCACACAGGUGCUGCCUGACUGCCAGGGACUCGAAGUCCAGGACAGCAUCCAGAGCUGCUGGGCCCUGCCCUGGCUCAAUGUGUCCACGGAGAGUGACCACGUGCGCCUGCUGGUGGAGGUCUCUGAGGAGCAACGCUUCGGCCUGUCCCUGUACUGGAGCCAGGUCCACGGUUCCCCCAGGCCCUGGUGGCACAGAAACCUGACUGGGCCGCAGACUGUCAUCUUGAACCACACAGACUUGCUUCCCUGCCUCUGUGUUCAGGUGUGGCCCCUGGAGCCCGACUCUGUCAGGACGAGCACCUGCCCCUUCCGGGAGGACCCUCGUGCCCUCCGGAACCUCUGGCGAGCCGCCCAGCCACGACUGCUGCCCCCGGAUGGCUGGCGCCUGGACGCACCCUGCUCGCUGGCUGCCCAGGCCACGCUAUGCUGGCAGGUGCCAGAUGGGGGGCUCUGCCUGCCACUGGUGCCACCGCUGACCUGGGAGAACAUCACUGUGAACGAGGCCCAGAAGUUCCCAUUGCUGAAAGGACACCCAAACCUCUGCGUGCAGGUGAGCAGUGGGGAGAAGCUGCAGCUGCAGGAGUGCCUGUGGGCUGACUCCCUGGGGCCCCUCAAGGACGAUGUGCUGCUGGUGGAGACGCGAGACCCCCACAACACGUCGCUGUGUGCCUUGGAGCCCACAGGCUGUACUCCGCUGCCCAGCAGGGCAGCCACGAGGGCAGCCCGGGUGGGAGAACACUUGCUUGAAGAUGUAGAGUUGGGCCAGUGCCUGCAGCUGUGGGAUGAUGACCUUGGAGCACUCUGGGCCUGCCCCAUGGACAAAUACAUCCACCGGCACUGGGCCCUGGUGUGGCUGGGCUGCCUGCUCCUGGCUGCGGCGCUCUUCCUCCUCCUCCUCCUCCUCCUCCAUAAGGACCCUGUGAAAGGGUGGCUGAGGCUCCUGAAGCUGGACUUCCGCUUCGGGGCCGGGGGCCGCAGGGCCCUGCUCCUGUACUCGCCGGACGACGCGGGCUUCGAGCACCUGGUGGGCGCGCUGGCGUCGGCGCUGUGUCCCCUGCCGCUGCGCGUGGCCGUGGACCUGUGGAGCCGUCGGGAGCUGAGCGCGCAGGGGCCCCUGGCCUGGUUCCACGCGCAGCGGCGCCGGACGCUGCAGGAGGGCGGCGUGGUGGUGCUGCUCUUCUCGCCGGGAGCCGUGGCGCUCUGCCACGAGUGGCUGCAGGACGGGGCCGCGCAGCCAGCCACGCACGGCCCGCAGGACGCCUUCGCCGCCUCGCUCAGCUGCGUGCUGCCUGACUUCCUGCAGGGCCGGGCGCCCGGCCGCUACCUCGGGGCCUGCUUCGAGGGCCUGCUGCAGCCGGACGCCGUGCCCGGCCUCUUCCGCACCGUACCUGUGUAUUCACUGCCCUCGCAGCUGCCCGACUUCCUGGGGGCGCUUCAGGGCCCCCGCGCGCCCCUCUCUGGGCGGCUCGCAGACAGGGUGCGACAGGUGACCCGGACCCUUCAGCCUGCCCUGGACAACUGCAUCCAGCCCCCGGGCCGGGGCGCGGGUUGGGACCUGGGACCGGGGACAGGGCUUGAAUAA